CUUACCUGGGCUCCAUCAAACGUCUGAUGUCUCUAAUCGGCUAUGUGUCCAGCACGGUCAUGACGGCUCAUUUCCUACAAGGCCUGCCAGCGGAAGUGCGGCUGACGGUACGAAACAGCGUUGGAGAUGGCACGCUCACCCUGGAGCGAGCGGUCGCCAUCGCCCGGUCGACGUUGGCGAUAACUGCCAGGGAGAGAGCGGCUGCACCGGUGGCUGCCGUCCAACUGCCGCCACCAUCGGUACAGCAACAGCGGGCGACCAGAGGAACUGCUCGCCGGCCACCGUUGCGGUGCUGGACCUGUGGCCAGAUGGGCCACAUCGCCCGGCUCUGCCCAAACGGACGUGGCGACGGCGCUACAUCAGCGCCACGGGCUCCGCCGUCGCCAGCCGCCGCAACAGCCCGGGAACGCCCAUCAUCGCCAUCACCGUGAAUGGGCACAGGUGCCGAGCACUGGUCGACACGGGAUGUAGUGAGACAGUGGUGUGGAAGGGCGUGGUGUCCCAAUGGGAGCAGAGUGACACCAGUUUGGUGGCUGUCAACGACAGCCCAGUUCGGUGUUGUGGGCAGGCUGCGGUGAGCCUGGGUGUGCGCGGAACGACAGUGAAUGUGCGGGCGGUCGUCGUACCGGCCCGGUUGUUAGGCGUGGACGUGUUGCUAGGUAUGACAGGCAUCGACGCUCUGCGUGGCGUAAGUGUGAGUGGGGGGUCUGUUCGCUUCGGGAGCGAAGACCCGGCUGCUACGGAGCAGCGUGAGGCCCCGCCGGAGCGGGAGGUGUGCCGAGCGGUCGGCACGGCUGCGGGCGUGCAGCGUGAGGCCCCGCCGGAGCGGGAGGCGUGCCGAGCGGUCGGCACGGCUGCGGGCGUGCAGCGUGAGGCGCCACCGGAGCGGGAGGCGUGCCGAGCGGUCGACAUGGGGCCAGAGUUGAGGAUCAACGAGACCGACUUCACGGCAGUGUUCGAUGCCGGGGUGUGGACGGUUCGCUGGAAGUGGGCGGGCGGUGUGGACCCGCCACCGCUUCGCAACUCCACGGCUCAGUACGGCAUACCGAGGGGUGCGCGAGAGAAAUUCGAUGCCGAGCUGUCAUUGUGGAUAAGUGAGGGCUGGCUACGUGAAUAUGACGAGACGGUGUGCGGUCCGGCACAGGGACUGCUCCCGUUAAUGGCGGUAACUCAGGCGGCAAAGAACAAGGUGCGGCCGGUGCUUGAUUAUCGAGAGCUUAAUCAACACCUGACGCCUCACACGGCUGACGCGGACGUCUGCGUGGAGGAGCUUCGACGAUGGCGACGCCACGGCCGCCGGGUCGCGGUCCUCGACCUGAAGAAAGCUUUUCUUCAGCUCCGUGUGGACCCGGCCCUGUGGCCGUACCAGACGGUCAUCGUGCGGGGGCGACGAUACUGCCUCACGAGGGUCGGCUUUGGGCUUUCCAUAGCGCCUCUGAUCAUGAAGUCGGUGGUCAGGGAGGUGCUCGCGCAGAACCCGAGGCUGGCUGAGGCGGUGCGGCCCUACGCCGAUGAUCUGCUGGUCAACGAAGCAGCCGUUUCAGCUGACGAGGUGGCCCAGCAUUUUGCCCGUUUCGGACUCGAGUGUAAGCCGCCGGAGCGAGUUGCGAGCGGCGCACGCAUGCUGGGCCUCCGUGUCGCCGAAAGUGACGGGCCGGCGCUCCAGUGGACCAGGGACGGAGGGUCACCCACGCAGCCUCCACCUGUGCUGACGCGACGAACUGUCUUCGCGUGGGCCGGCCAACUGACAUCUCACGUGCCGGUCGCGGGCUGGCUACGGCCGGCCGCUGCGUGGAUGAAGCGGACAGCCAACCGUCUCAGCCCGGACUGGGACACUCCGAUCGUCAAUGAGGAACUGCAACGCCAAGUGGAUGAAGUGUCGCGAAGGGUGAUAGCCUGUGACCCGGCAUGCGGCCAGUGGUGUGUGACAGGGUCAAAUGUCACCGUGUGGACUGACGCCAGCUCCAUCGCUCGCGGCGUCGUCCUAGCCGACCCUGUCACAGACGCCAUCAUCGAGGAUGCGUCCUGGCUACGGGCCGAAGCUGAGCGGGACGUUCACAUCAACAUCUCGGAGUUGGACGCCGCUCUCAACGGCGUCAAUAUGGCCCUGGCAUGGGGCUUCCGUCGCCUGACGCUCCGGACGGACUCGGUGACUGUGCACCGCUGGCUGAGCGAUGCGCUGUCGGGCAAGGCAAGGCUGCGCACCAAGGGGCAGUCCGAAAUGCUUAUCCGACGGCGCGUGGCUGUUUUCCGUCAGCUGGUCGCCGAGUACGAACUUGAGGUCACCAUCGAACUGGUCGGCUCAGCUGCCAACCGCGCCGAUGAGAUGACGCGGGUGCCCAACGCCUGGCUACAGGCCGCCGAUCGGCCGGCCGCCGACUCGCCCGACAAGUCACCACCGGCUGCUGUCGCAGCCAUCACAUCGAGUGCCUCGCCGGGCGACAUCCGCGCCAUACACGAGAACAUUGGCCACCAGGGCGUGAGGAGGACGUUGUGGUACGCCCGACGGGAGCUGGGGGUGAGGCGCGUCACGAAGACGGCCGUGCGGGACGUGGUCAGGCGGUGUCAGACGUGCGCGUCGAUUGACCCGGCUCCGGAACGCUGGCUUGGUGGGUCACUUGAGACGGAACGUACGUGGGAUCGCCUGGCCAUGGACGUCACCCACCUGCACGGCCACCCGUACCUGACGUUGGUGGACUGCGGGCCGUCGCGAUACGCCAUCUGGCGCCGGCUGCGCCGGUCGGGGGCUCUGGAGAUCGUCCAGCAUCUCGAGGACGUGUUUCUAGAGCGUGGAGCCCCGGCCGAAAUACUCACGGACAAUGCGACGGAGUUCCGCGGCCGGGCUAUGAUGGCGCUCGCGGCCCGCUGGGACGUGGCGAUGCGAUUCCGCGCCGCCUAUGAGCCCGGCGGUAACGGCGUUGUAGAACGCCAUCACCGGACCAUCAAAGUGAUGGUGGCCCGGCAGGCCUGCUCCGUCGCUGAGGCAGUCCACCGCUACAACGUGACACCUAAAGAUGGCAGCGACCCGGCAACAGCUCCGAUCAACGAGGUGUUCCGACACCCUGGCCGCGACGUUGACGUGACGCCCCGCGGACGAACAAAUGGACAACAGUGCGACGCCCUGCCGCUGAAAACACCAGGUGUGUACCAGGUGGGGGACAAAGUGUGGGUCCGGCGGCGGGGCGACCGAUGUUUUGUGAAAUCGGACGAGGGAACUGUGACAGGCGUCGUGUCGGCUCAAACAGUCGAAGUCGACAAUGUGCCGCGUCAUGUGCGCAAUCUCCGCCACCGUUUGACCAUGACUGAUGCCCCGAGACCGGUGACUGUGCACGCCCCGACGGCGGAGCGGUGCGAGGACAGUGACAAUGAAUGUGAUGGCAUGUAUAUGGCAACACCUCCGACUGAUGUAACGGAGACACACACGCGGCCGCCGACCGUCGAUCAGACCGCGAGGGUCGAUCCACCGACCCAGUCUGAGGUGUCUACGGAAUGGAGCGAGCCAAUAGACGGCGAAUUGUCCGAGGGAGAAUCACCCGCGACCGUUACAUUGCGACGCAGCGUACGUGAGCGACGGGAACCAGACAGAUAUGGUAUUGUUGUGACGGGGGAUGUACUUGAUGAGUUGAGUGAAUGACAUGAUGUGUGAUGUGGUUCUUUAGAACCAGGGGGUGAUGUAGCAUGAUGGACACAAUAAGGAAUGUGAGUAGCGUAUGAGUCAGGCGCGCGGCGAGACUGAGCUGCGGGACGUGACCCGGUGACCCAGUGUGAGUCAUCCGCCGCCGCCGCCGGACGUCGGGGCGGCCGGGUUACGCCCCCUGAUCAGUUGCACUGGGGAUGACGUAUGACAAUGUGAUUGGCUAAUGAUGAUGCGCGAUGACGUGUGCGUGAGAGCUAUGGUCUGGUUGGGAGUGUGAUUGCUGGGCAGUUGGCUGAGAGGCUCGGAGGAGAGCGGAAUAUAGUUUUCUUGGUUACGUGGAA